ACGGCUAGUGGACUGACCAAGCGAGCGAGCGAGAGAGAGAGCGCGGGCGGCGAGGGAGGAUGACGGGGCCGCCGCACCGGGACCAGGAGCGCGACCGGCGCCGGACGCUGCUGCUGGUGAGCCUGGCGUCCAUCAUGGAGCGCGCCGACGAGGCGCUGCUCCCGGCGGUGUACCGCGAGAUCGGCGCCGCCAUGCACGCCGACCCCACGUGGCUCGGCUCCCUCACGCUGUGCCGCUCCAUCGUGCAGGCCGCGUGCUACCCGCUCGCCGCCUACGCCGCCGCGCGGCACAACCGCGCCCACGUCAUCGCCGUGGGGGCGUUCCUCUGGGCCGCCGCCACCUUCCUCGUCGGCGUCUCCGAAACCUUCCUCCAGGUAGCAAUCUCGAGGGGACUGAAUGGCAUCGGCCUCGCGCUCGUGGUACCAUCGAUCCAGUCACUGGUCGCCGACUCCACGGACGACGGCACGCGCGGCUCGGCGUUCGGCUGGCUGCAGCUCGCAAGCUGCAUCGGGCUCAUCGCCGGCGGCUUCGUCGGCCUGCUGCUGGCACAGACCACGGUCCUUGGGAUCGCCGGCUGGCGCAUCGCCUUCCACCUCGUGGCGGGAAUUAGCGUCGCCGUUGGUGCCCUCAACUGGUUCUUCUCCGUGGACCCCCAUUUCCCCACGGGCGACGCGGCUGCCGGCCCAGGCGGCGACGAGAAGCCCGCCGUGCGGCAGGCAAGGCAGGUGGUGGAGGAGAUGAUCGCGGAGGCCAAGUUCGUGGUGCAGAUCCCGACGUUCCAGAUCUUCGUGGCGCAGGGCGUCAGCGGCUCGUUCCCGUGGUCCGCGCUCUCCUCCUUCGCGUCCAUGUGGCUCGAGCUCAUCGGGUUCAGCCACCGGGAGACAGCCGUGCUCAUGACCAUCUUCUGGGUCGCGAGCUCCCUCGGCGGCCUCAUCGGGGGCAAGCUGGGCGACCUCCUCGCCCUGCGAUACCCGGACGCCGGGAGGAUCGUCCUAUCGCAGAUCAGCGCCGGCUCGGCCGUGCCCCUUGCCGCCGUGCUGCUCAGAGGGCUCCCCGAUGACCCGUCCACCGGCGUCAUCCACGGCGUCGUCCUGUUCGUCAUGGGCGUGUUCAUCUCCUGGAACGGCCCUGCCACAAACUUCCCAAUUUUCGCGGAGAUCGUGCCGGAGAAAUCAAGAACGAGCAUAUACGCGCUCGACAGGUCGUUCGAGACGGUGCUGUCGUCGUUCGCGCCGCCGAUCGUCGGCAUCCUGGCGCAGCGCGUGUACGGGUACAGGCCGGACGACAAGGGGACGAGCACUCAGCUGGAUCGGGAGAACGCGGCGUCGCUGGCCAAGGCGCUGUACACGGCCAUCGCGAUACCGUUCACAGUCUGCGCCGCCAUAUACUCCUUCCUGUACUGCAGCUAUCCCCGGGACAGGGAUCGUGCCCGGAUGCAGUCGCUGGCGGAGUCGGAGAUGCAGCAGGUGGAGCACGAGGGUUCUCGCUUGGAAGGCGGCGAUGGAGAUGGAGGAUCCGCCGUUCAUGGUUCGAAGGAGGAGUCGCCGGAGGCUGAGAAGGAUACCGCGAAACUGUUAUCGGACGUUGAGCAAGGUACUAGAUGAGUAGUGAUUUGAAUCCUACGGAACCCGGAUCUUCUAACGUGCCCGUGAACCUCGCGUCGUUGGAUCGAUUUCUGUGAUACGCGCUCUGUUUUUUUAGGGAGUGAUGUGUACUGUACUGUUUUUUUUUUCGGAAUUGCUAAUUUUCAUACGGAUGAAAACUAUUGGCUUUCAUCCGUUUUUUGGGCCGUGCGAUCUAUGUCACGAGAUUUGUAUUUUUCUUCGCUAGCGGAUCCGUUAGGUUCCGCUCGCUAUCCCGCAUCGGUGCUUUUUUUUCCCUACCCGUGUAGCUUCCCCCUGUCUCUUCCCCUCGCCGCUUGAUCCCCUUUGUCAUUUCGAACACUACCACGGAAUAGAGGCGAGUGAGAGAGAUUGCCAUGGCGAUUUGGAGCUCCCCCUCGCCGCUCGAUCCAGCUGGUUGGUGGUGACUUGUCCGUGCUCUCCCUCCCUCUGCCUCGCCCCCUCCGCCUCGCCGCUGUUUCUCCCGCCGAAGGCCUGCAGCAUCUGUCGCCCCCCUCAUCCACCCCGGCCCCAUUAUUUCGCCACCCGUCGAUUUUGUUCGUCUGAUUUGGUAUAUUCCCUCUCUUUUGUUUGUUUCUCAAAUCUGCAUGUCAGUGCCUGUGGACUGUGGUUUUUUCGGUCAGAUCUGUUGCUUGUGUUGAUCUCCUGCAGCCUCUGGUGUAGAUGUGUGAGGUUGCGCCUGUUUCUCCGAUUGAUACUCAUCAGCCAUGUGAAUUUGAUUAGUGUUUCUGGCUACUUGUUAGUUUGAUUGAUCUGUAUGUGUGAUUCACCCGCGUCAGCGGACAGCGAGUCGCCUGAACCUGAUGAUCCAGGCGAUGGCGCAGGCAGCCAGCAUGGUGGCAGAGGGUGAAGCCUCGAGUGGGUGUGGUGGGCUGACUAGUGUGCCCACAUGACAGGGUGUGUGUGUGUGUGUGCUCUGUAUAUUAGUUGGACAUGCACGAGUUAAGUCUGAAGUCUGAACCUUCUCUGUUCUCUGAACCUCUCCCAACUUUCCUCUCCAUCCUCUGUUUGAUUGAUCUGUACGCGAUAUUGUGCAAUUUGAACAUAGUGGAUCGUGUUCAGUCCCCUGCUGUCCAGUGUUGUUAGUUAGUAUGUCUAUGUGUUAAUUUUCACCUGGGCCGUUUUUGUUGUCACUGUGUGGAUGCAUGGUUGGUCCCCUCGCCUUGGGAUUGUCUCUGUAAUUCUCAAUGGAUUUACUGUGUAAUUCCUAUUGGAUUUGCAAUGUAAUUCCUGUUUGGUUUUACAAUGUAAUUCCUAGUGGAUUUACACUGUACUUCUCAUUGGCUUUACACUCUAAUUUUCAUUGGAUUUGCACUGUAACUGUCAUUAGAUCUGCAGUUGGUUUAGAAUGUAAUUCCUAUUGGUUUUCAGUGUAAUUCCUACUGGGUUUAGAGUGUAAUCCUAUUGGUUUUUCAGUGUAAUUUUUAUUUGGUUUCGCAGUGUAACUCCUUUCUGUUUUUACAGUGUAAUUUCUAGUGGACUUCCAAUGUAAUUCCCAUUCUAGCCUGUAAGUGUUGAUGCUAGUUUGCCGUUGGAUUUCACAUUCUUGAGUCUGUAUAUUGAUGUAGGAUGGUUCUGCUGUAGCUUUGAUUUUUGGAAUUGCUAAUUUUCAUCCGGAUGAAACUUUUCGCUUUCGUCCGUUGUGUGAGCCGUCUGAUCUUUGUCUGUAGCUUUCACCUGUAUUUUCUUAGUGGUUUUACUAUAAUUCUUAGUGGGUUCUUACAUUGUAAUCUUUAGUGGAAGUUCAAUGUAAUUCUCAGGGGAUCUUUUCACUGAAAUUCUCAGUGGGUUUACACUGUAAUACAACUGAUAUGCUGUAAUUCUAAUUGUUUUUACAGUGUAAAUCCAAUUACAGUGAUAUUAUCAGUGGGUUUACAGUGUAAUUCCUCAGUGGAUUUACACUGUAAUUCUUCGUGCUAUUGUAAUGUAAUUCUUUAGUUUUUGAAAUGUAUCUUAGUGAAUUUUACAGUGCAAUUCUCAAUGGAUCUACACUGUAAUAUCUUAGUGGAUUUUACAGUGUAACACUCACUAGAUUUUCACUGUAAUUAUCUUAUUUUGCAUUUUGAUUGUGUAACUCUCAAUGGAUCUACACUGUAAUUCUUUAUUGGAUUUUUACUAUGUAAGUCUCAGUGGAUUCACACCGUAAUUCUUGGUGGUUUUACUGUGUAAUAUCUUGGUGGAUUUUGCAGUGCAACUCUCAUUGGAUUGUCACUGUAAUUAUCUUA